AUGACACUCUACCUCUCGCCAGACCUCACGCCGCAUGAGAUCCACAAGGCGAAACGAGCUGGCAUUGUUGGUUCGUCGCCGUUUUACGUUGAUUACCGGGUUGAGAUCGCAUCGAAUCUAACAUUGCAUCGUCCUGCAGGCGUCAAGUCGUAUCCGCGCGGCGUGACAACAAACUCGGAAAGUGGUAUCGAAUCUUACACGACCUACUAUCCAGUCUUUGCCGCAAUGGAGGAAGAAGACAUGGUCCUCAAUCUUCAUGGGGAAAUCCCCUCGGACGCGAGCACGAAUACAUGCGUUCUCAAUGCGGAGCGGCAAUUUCUCAAGCACCUAGAAGCACUACACAGGGAUUUCCCCAAGCUUCGUAUCGUGCUCGAGCAUGCGACCACAAAAGAGGCCGUCGAAACCGUCAAGUCGCUCGGAGACACGGUCGCGUGUACCAUCACCGCCCACCACCUCGCCUUGACCGUUGACGAUUGGGCCGGACAGUCCUUCAACUUUUGCAAGCCAGUUGCCAAAUAUCCAGAUGAUCGCCGAGCACUGCAAGACGUUGUGAGAGAGGGCUCCGACUCUGCUCCUCAUCUCAUCGAAAAGAAAGCCGUGGCCUCACCGGACCAGCCGUGCGCGGCGGGAGUGUACACUUCGCCUAUCCUCUUGCCGCUCGUCGCGCACUUGCUCGAGUCGUUUGGAGCCCUUGAUAAUCUCGAGGGAUUCGUUAGCACCAAUGGACGUAAUUUCUACAAAAUAACCGAACCAGAGCUCCCGAGUGAUGGACAACGGUCAUAUUCCCUUCCAGUCGUCAAACUCUGCAAGACGCCAUCUUCAAUCGCAAAGAGUCUCGACUUGAAUGAGCAAAAAGUUGUGCCCUUCUGGGCUGGAAAGCAACUUAAUUGGUCGCUUCUCCCAGUGUAA